UGCAACUUCUCUCUCUCCACCGUAUCUCUCUUAACCAUUUGAAUUUGUAAACCCAAAAUUCCCAUGACAAAGAGCUUAAAAAACCAGAAAAACUUUGCAACUUCUCUCUCUCUUUUGUGCCUUAAUCCCAAUAUUUGAGCUUAUGUAAGUUGCGAGUAAAGUUCAUGGAACCUCUACUAGUUUUAUUCUGUCUUUCUUACCUCCUAACCCUCAUUUCUGCAACUCCGGAUACGAUGCCAAAACUUCCCUUCAUGGAAGAAGAAGCUUUAUACAAUGUCCUUGAAGCUAUCAACCCAUCUCUCGAAUGGCGCACGAUGUACCCCUCUGACCUCUGCAACUCUGGCCCGCAUGGGGUUCUCUGCGAUUUAUUCAACGUUAAUGGUGAAAAUGAUCUCCAUGUCACAGAGCUCAGCUUCGGUUUCGUCUCAGAGUACAAUCCAAACGCACCAUGCAACAACCUUUCCACCGUCAGCCCUUCCAUGGCUUCUUUACCCUUUAUCCGAAAGCUUUUCUUCUACAAUUGCUUCAACAAUGGCGCAAUUUCCUUUCCUGAUUACAUAUGGGAGAUGCAGAGGUUAGAAGAACUCAUUUUCACGGAGAAUUUUGCCAUAAUUGGCGAACUUUCUGAGAAGGUAAGGAAUCUCAAAUCUCUGAGAAGAAUGGUUCUCAGCGGAACUAGGGUUUCUGGCCAAAUACCUAAAGGAAUUGGGGAGCUGGUAAAGCUCGAACAGUUGGUAAUUUCCAGAAGCAGGUUUAAUGGCGAAAUCCCAAAAAAUCUAGGGUUUCUGAGAAACCUAAGGGUUCUGGACCUAAGCUUCAACUCCUUAGAAGGCCCUUUCCCUGAAGAAUUAGGGUUCUUGCCAGAGCUUCUAAAACUGGACAUGGGUUCAAACAAGCUCAGUGGGUCUCUACCAAAAACUCUACCAAAUUUGCAGAAGCUCAAAUUCAUGGAUUUCAGCCACAACUUUUUAGGGUUUGGGGUGCCUCCAUUUUUAGGGGAAAUGCCAAAUUUGGAGGAGAUUUAUUUAAGUGGAAACCCUUUGGGUGGUGAAAUACCUGAAAUAUUUGCUAAACUCGGAGGAAUUCUAGGGUUGGGUCUCUGUAAUGCAGGGCUAAUGGGGAAAAUACCUGCUUCUUUGGGGAUAUUUUUGAGGAGGGUGAAUUAUCUAGGGUUUGAAGGGAAUUUUUUGGAGGGAGAGAUUCCAAAAGAGUUAGGGUUUUUAGAGAGAGUGAAUGAGAUGAAUUUGGGUAAUAACAGGUUGAGUGGAAGGGUUCUCUUCUCUGCUAAAUUCAUGGCUAGAAUUGGAGAAAAGCUAAAUUUGGAGGGGAAUGAGGGGCUCUGCUUGGAGAGGAAUGGAGGUGGUGGAGGGUAUUUUGGGUAUUUGAGGGGGUGUUAGUGGUUUUCAGGGUUUGGUGGUUUUGGUACUGGUUAGAAAGAGAAAUAUGGGAUUUGGUUUUAUCCCCUUGGCCAAAAUGGGUUUUGUACAUAAAAUACACGAUUUUGUUAUAAACUUUUUUGCUUUCCUUUUUGUGGCU